UCUGAGAACAGGGCCGGCUCCUUACCUUCUGCCGGGACCACACAGAUUCAUCUGCUUUCUCUUUGCUUAGGUCAGUGCCGUCAUGCAUCUGCAGGUAACCAUUGCCAGCCUUCUACUCCUGCUGACAGGUGCUGUUGUUUCUUCUUCAACAGUGAGGGGGGUGGAGGGGCAGCCGGUCACCCUCCCCUGCACCUACUCCACCACAUCUGGAGUCACCACCAUGUGCUGGGGCCGAGGGGCCUGUCCCUCCUCCUGGUGCACAGAGGAGAUCGUCUCCACGGAUGGAUCCCGUGUCAUUCGUCGCAGGAACAUGCGUUACGAUCUGAAAGGGAAUAUCAGACACGGGAAUGUAUCUUUGACCAUAGAGAAAGCAGUGCAGGCUGACAGUGGUCGUUACUGCUGCCGAGUGGAGCACCCGGGCUGGUUUAAUGACAUGAAGCUCACCUUGUCAUUGGAGAUCAAACCAGCUGGAACCACCAGCCUUCCAACGUCACCUAGGGUCUCCACCUUUGCUCCUCCAACGCCAACACCCACGCAGAACCUCAAGCCAGCUAGUUCACCUUCUCCGAUACCAACAGAAACCCAGUCAACCACGCCGCUGGAAACCAGCACCUCACAGUCUACCAGCUCCACACUGUGCUCUUGCCAGACAGAUGGGAAUGGCACUGUGACACAGUCUUCAGAUGGCCCUUGGCAUACCAAUCAAACUCGUGUGUUGCCAGCAAAGAAUUCCUGGACCAUCACCUCUAAGUUGAUCACCAUCAUUGUCAGUAUAAUCAUCGCGGUAUUGCUCAUCCUUUUGUUUGUCAAGAUUGCCAAAAAGUAUUUAUGCCUGAGGAAUAAGCUGCAGCAACUCAGCAUGGUUUUUGUGAAUCGCCCUCCAAUUGGAGCUUUGCAAAAUGCAGCUGAAAUGCGUAACCGAGCAGCAGACAAUAUCUACAUUGUUGAGGACAAUCCUUAUGUCGUGGAUUAAGACUCUGGUUCUCAGACUUCAUGGCCUUAAGUGCAGAAGACUACAA